AUGCGGCGCUCUUCAUCUCUGUCACGCUCUUUAUCCUCGUCGUCGUCGUCGUCUUCGUCUUCAGCACUGUCGGAUUUCUCGGGCAAUGCAGAAGAGAAGCAUCCAACGAACCCCAACAACACUUCCAGUUCCGUCUUCUUCUCCAAGCUAGCCGACACCGUGCGAGAUACUCGGUUCAGGGUCGAAGCGAAAAAGUCGGAACUUAAUGCCACCAUGCAAGAAAAACUUCCCGAAUGGAAAUCUCGCGGAGUCAUGUACGGCCAUUUAGCAAGAGAGACAAGCAUUGAAUGGGGUCGCAAGGGGAAAGAAGCCGUCGACCGCUGGAAAAAAGAACGAGCAGAAAGAGAAGGCUCGUCUACGGUAUCACUACGGACGUCACCAUCGUCACCUUCAGAAAAUUCUAUUUUCGGCAUGCCUUUGGAAAUUGCCGUUGCUUUAACAAGGAUUGAAGAUGACGAUCUUGUUCCCGCGGUCUUUCGGCGAUGUAUCGAUUAUUUAGAUACUUAUGGUAUCCACGAGGUUGGCAUAUACAGGAUACCAGGAAGUAUAACUACUGUCAACCGUUUGAAAGCAAUUUUUGAUGAUGGCUCCGACAUUGAUUUCAACGUAUCACAGCCGGAUCCCCAUGCCGUAGGCACUCUUUUGAAAAUGUACCUGAGAGAAUUACCAGAACCCAUUGUACCCAACGAUAUUGGGCGAGAGUAUAAUCGACUGAUCAUGGAACUCAUCAAAUCACAGCCGAUCGAUGAAAAGCAAAAAGAAGCGAUGGAAAGCACCGUCAGUCUUUCAAGCUCGUUUGCACGAUCGGAGGAUGGCCAGUUACCUCCGAUCUCUCGUGCAUUACUGACAUCAUUACGCAGUAUCACCAACCGUCUUCCUCCUUACAAUCUCAGCCUACUUCAGUCAUUAUGUCGGCAUUUGAAACAGGUGGCCGACCAUGAACCGGAAAAUCGAAUGUCAAUAUCCAACCUUGCCCUCAUCUUUAUACCAACGUUGGGUAUUGGCCGUGCUUUGUUUCAUUGCAUGGUGGAAUAUUUUGAAGAGGUGUUUGGCGACGCGCCGGCUGGUCCGGCCCCGCCUCCACCUUUGCCUGUGCGACCUUGUCAGUUACCGACUUCAUCCAAACCCUCCCCUCUCGACGGCGCGCUCGCCGGUCUGUCCUUGACGAAAUCGAGCGAACAGCAACACAGCAAAACACGAUCCGAUACGGAUUUAUUGCGAUUGCCGCUUUCCCCCACCCGUGUGCCUCCUCCCAAACCUAGUCGAUCGCCCACGCCGAAACCGGGGACGGAGUACUUUAGAUCGCCCGAAGGCUCGCCAUCCACCUCAUACCAUGUACGACAACAUUCAGAACAGCACAGCAAGGCCAUGUCUCCUGAAUUAGUACGAGAAACCACCAAACCACGAUCUAAAUCUGUCUCUUCCGCCCCACUUCCUUUCACCGAUCGUUUACCCGUACGAACCACAUGGAAACGAGCUGGUAGUCGCGUGGAAGCCAUCGGUCGUCAGUUUGAGACAAUGAUCAACAGCAACUCUCAGAAAAGUCAUCAUGGAUAA